GUUGAGGGAUGUACGCUGGUGUGGUCAGAGUAGAGAAUGUUCAAAUAGGUUACUUUGUGGCAUUCUUCUGAGAACACCAACUGAUUUGUUGUUUGAUUUGCAAAAUUUGCAAAAAAGAUUUGCAAACUGAUUUGCAAAAACUCCACUUUUGGAUAUGCCUGUGUUUUUACUUAUCUUCCUUUGACUUUCCCCUUACUUAUACAAGUGGGUUCUUGUUUCUAAUAUCUUAUAUUCUUCUUCUGAAGUAUCUCAAGAAAAAUUAAAAACUUGAAUGUAAUGGCUGUUAUGUUCUGACUGGAAAUCAAAUUAAUGAAAGGUAGUCUCUGGCUUUUGCACAGUAUUGUAGAGUAUAAAUUGAGUCUCUGCAUUGUCUAAAACAUAGAAAAGAUGGCUCUUGAGGUUCCUGGAGGAGACAGUGGCUCUGAAAUGACUACAGAAAGGGGAUUAGAGAGGUAGGGGGUCUUGUUGAAUGGCAAGCCUUCUCUCGUUAAACUGUUUUUACUUGGUGACUGCCACAAAUAUUUAUCUGAUAGCUUCCGGAGGGUUAAGUAAACAAAAACAGUUAACAGCUGCAUACACCUAUAAAACUAAGUCUGCACUAUGCUUAUCCUUCACUAUUUGCGAUCGGUUCCUCUCUGUCUUCAUUGCUGAGACACUAGGAGACAGUGUGCUAUCCAACUAGAACUACCAAAGUUAGUAGUUAAUUUUAGAUAUGUUUUGAAAAAAACUAACCUUCAAAAAUAACCCUACAAAGGACACUUGACAAUCUAUUCAAAAGCUCUCUCCUACUAGAACAAAUGCAGUGAACACUAGUCUUUCAUCUAUGUUUACAACCUGGUCCAAAGGUUGCCAUUAACCCUCACAUGAAGUUGUCCGUCAUUUCCAUUUUGUAAGAGCUCUACAUUGCAGGUCUUACUAUACAGUGCAAGAAUCCAUCUUCACCCAGUGGGAUGUUUCAGAAUUACUCAAAGGUCCAUCCCUCCAUAUUUCAGACAGCUUGGAGCCCACACAGCAAAGAACAUCUCCCAAGACCGCAUUCCUCCUCAGACCAAUUAGAGACAUGCUGUAGUUAAAAUAGAUGAUGCUUUUAAACAUUAAAUGCCAGAUGUUUGUCAGGUAGUAAGAUUCUGUCAAACAUUCAAAAUGAAACGAGCACUACAAGGGUCCCCUAGUAUUGUUCUACCAGCUAGCCCACUCACUUUGUCACAAAAACAUUGCCACAAAGUAACUUUAAUGAUACUGCUAUUAACGUCAUCAUAGUGACAACAAUAUGUCAACAUGCUAAUGCUCUCCUCUGAGACCAUUUGAAGGAUCUGCCUUGUGGAGCCUCAUCGCUCAGCGCCUCAGCCUCCGGACCUUUUAUGGGACAUGAUGGCAUCUCAGAUGGGUUGGUCUGAUUCAGCCUGAGGGAGAUGGAGUCGGUCUCAAAAGAAUGGCUCCCAAAAAAGUAGAGCCCAAGAAGGAAGCAGCCAAGUCAGCUCCCCCUCCAGAACCAGAGAAACCCAAGGAGCCAGAAUUUGACCCAAAGGGCAUCGCAAUUGAGUUCACCCCUGAUCAGAUUGAAGAGUUUAAAGAGGCCUUCAUGCUGUUUGACAGAACACCAAAUGGAGAAAUGAAGAUCUCCUAUGCCCAGUGUGGUGAUGUCAUGAGGGCAUUGGGUCAGAACCCCACCAACGCUGAGGUCAUGAGGGUACUAGGCAAACCCAAACCUGAAGAACUGAACACCAAACUAAUGGACUUUGAGACGUUCCUGCCCAUGUUCCAGCAUAUUUCUAAGUCAAAAGACAGAGGCACAUUUGAAGACUUUGUGGAGGGGUUGCGAGUCUUUGACAAAGAAGGAAAUGGGACUGUAAUGGGGGCAGAGCUUCGGCAUGUUCUUCAAACAUUAGGGGAAAAGAUGACAGAAAAGGAGGUUGAGCAAGUGAUUGCAGGACAAGAGGAUGGUAAUGGCUGCAUCAACUAUGAAGCCUUUGUGAAACACAUCAUGUCAGGAUAAAUAUCUGAGGACCAAGUCCUGAGAGCAGUUAGGAUUUCAACAGUUCUGCAGCAUCUGGUCCUCACUCAGCAAAAUCCUGGAAAGCUGUUCCACUCAUUUGAAAUUCUCUUCUACUGCUGUCUUUUUUAUCUGUUUAUGUCUGAUGCUCUGAAUAAAUGAUCAAAAUAAAA